UGUGAGCCACGAGGGUCGGAGAAUGCGCGCGCACUUGCCGGCUCCGUCUCGCCACGCUCAGUCAGCGCUCAGUCGAUCUAAAGCAACGCGCGUUGUAACCGACCGAAAAGUCGAGACUUUUUUAUUAUACCGCAAAAGACGCGCGAGUCGCGUUCCAAUUUCCAAAUUAUAUUCUUAAUUAUCGAGAUUAAAUAGUCUUCCGCGUUCGUUCGUUUUAGAACGAAUAUUUCGAAGAUUAAGACUGAAGUGUCCCACAGUGAACGUUAUCAGCUGAUCGCCCAAAUUUCGUGUUAAUUUAGUGCAAACAUACGAUCCGCUGAACGUGCCGGAUAUUAAAUGUUGAUGGAAAAACUAUUAAGGAAAAAGAUCGAAUAGCAAGUAAUGCUUUGUAAAAAAAUAAAUUAAUAACGUUAAAGUCUGUUAAAUAAAAUGGCGACUGAGUCCCAAGAGUAUAUGAAUGGAAUUAGAAGGCCUGGUCCCUUAACGAGAGAGAUACCAGAAUGUAUGCGAGAUAAAUACACAAUUAUACAGACUGUUUUGGAUGUACUUGCAUUUUUGAUGCUUGCGAUCGGUUAUGUAAUUCAAGGAAUAUACAAGUCAAUAGUUGGUAUUCCAAAGAAAGAUCUAAAAGGAAGUAUAGCGCUUGUGACGGGAGGAGGCGGUGGCCUUGGAAGUCUCAUUGCCCUGCGUCUGGCCAGGCUUGGCUGCGUCAUCGUUUUAUGGGACAUCAACAAAAAAGGGUUAGAAGACACUGAGAAACUAGUCAAGGGAUUAGGCGGGAAGUGUUUUGGGUAUGUGGUAGAUCUCGCCAGCAGAGACGAUAUCUACCAGGUCGCGAAGAAAGUCGAAAAGGAAGUCGGCAGGGUAACAUUACUCAUCAACAAUGCUGGAGUAGUGUCUGGCCAAUAUCUGCUAGAUACGCCGGACCAUCUCAUACAAAGAACGUUUGACGUCAACAUCUUGGCGCAUUUCUGGACGGUUAAGGCGUUUCUGCCAGCAAUGUUGGAACACAACGACGGUCAUAUUGUGACCAUUGCGUCCAUGGCUGGACAGGUCGGUGUGGCGAAACUUGUGGACUACUGCUCCUCGAAGUCAGCGGCCUGUGGCUUCGACGAGGCACUGAGAUUAGAAUUAGAAGUCAAAGGAGUCAAAGGCGUGCACACGUCCCUCAUAUGCCCUUAUUUCAUUCGUGCGACCGGAAUGUUUGAAGAGGUCAACUCAAGGUUUGUGCCAACGCUGAGUUCGAACGAUGUAGCUGACCGCGUCAUACUAGCGAUCCGCACCAAUGAACCUCUAGCCGUUAUACCGGCAUACUUCAGACUGUUGUUGCCUUUUAAAUGGAUCGUGCCGUGGCCGUGCAUAUCAGAACUGAUACGCGGCUUAGUGCCGGACGCGAUGCCCGCAGCCUCGCCGGCGCCGGAGCCCAUGCGCGAAACCAAACACAUCCUCGCCACGCCGAGCAAAUGCGAGUCUCGGCCAAUGGCCCUCGCCUCGCCGCCUGCGAGACACGAUCGGCAAGUGUGACCGCGACUUUACGUUUAUGAUAUAAAACAUUGGAGCAAAUGUUGCCUAUUUCAUAAAAAAAAUUAAACUCUGUACGUUUUAUUGUAAUAUGUUUUGAAAUUAUUUUUAAAUAUAAACAUAUUAUUUACAUUUAAAAAUCCUCAUGAAGUUAUAUCGGAGGAUAUUUUGAUUUUUAUACGUAGCUUGUCCGUGUCGUGCAUUCAAAAAAAUGAAAGAUCUUUCAAAUGCGUUAAAUGGAUUUUACAUACCUACUUGUAAAGAUAUUCAAUCUCGAGGACCAAUCUAGUUGCCUUUUUAAAUGCCUUACUGAAUAGAAUAAGUGUAACAAAUUGUUAUCGAUUAUAUAAUCGGAAAGUAUAUAAGUAUAGGUUUAUGGUUUUUGUGAUUAACAUUUUUAUGACGUCAAUGGGUGAUUUUGUGAUUUGAUUAAAAAUGUUUAAAUUUCAAUAAUAAAAAAUAAUUAUGUACUGUAAUUGUGCUUAUCUCUCACAAAUUAAUCUUUUAAGUUUAGUAAUAUAAAUAUAGAAGUAAUUUCGUUUGUAAACUUAGGGGUACCGUGUUAUUAGUCAUAUUGUGAUUUUUAGUUAUAUAAUAAUUUGACAAAAAAUAUUAAGAUUUUAUCAUUCUGUACUAUGAUCAGAGAUGAGACGCAGUUCCCUAUUACAUCAACUAAGUGUACUGCCAUUAAGUAAUGCCUUGUAACAUUGUGUUCUGGUAUAAAGGUUAAGGCCUUUGUACGUACAAGAACAACGCAUAUAUUUUUUACGUUUGGCAACAUUGUCCUAUAAAUAAA